UGACGUUUCCUCUCUGCACAAUCAGUCUGGCUGCUCAGCUGCUCCCUACAACAUCAGAUUGUUUCCAUUUAUCAGCAUCUAUCACCUGCAUGAUGAGGGUCCUCCAUUUUUCAGCAGCCAUGUUUGCCAUGAUGGUCCUGACUUCUGCCCUUGUUCUUCCAGAAACAAAGUCGGAUGAUGAUAAAACAGCAAAGAGUGACCUGGUGAAGAGGUCAACCGACUGCCCCCAUGGAUGGACUGGGUUCAACGGCCGCUGCUUCCGCUACAUCCCAAAACCCAUGAGUUGGGCCAGAGCCGAGAAAAACUGCCAGUCCAUGAAGGCAAACCUGGCAUCAGUUCAUAACAUGGAGGAGUACCAUGAGAUCCAGAGACUGAUAAUAAGUGCAAGUCACGAGUAUAAAAAGACCUGGAUUGGAGGCUCUGAUGCGCAGGAGGACAAUAACUGGUUCUGGAUUGAUGGUACUCCUUUCCUCUAUACAAACUGGUGUCCUGGAGAGCCGAAUAACUACGGAGGACGGAAGCAGGAUUGCUUACAAAUUAACUUUGGAGGUAAAGCUAUGUUUUGCAAAAAUGAAAUUGCCUGA